GUUAAAAAAAAGUUCAUUUUUAAAAGCAUUUCGGAGUACGACGCACAUGUGUUUUGUAUCUCGUUCGAAAAUUUCCUUAAAAUUUUGAGGAAAAAAGUCAAAUUUGUGUUUUAUAACUGAGCUUACUUGUAGCACGGUCAUGGGUAAAAAAAAUAAAUCGAAAAACAAGCAGCAAACCGAGCAAACGCCUGCUCAAAACGGAAAAGCCUCGGUGGAGGAUUUAGAGGAAAACUUUGAGCUCGAAGCGGAUGAGCCAAAAACCGAUAAAAAGAAAAAGAAGAGAGUCAACAACGAAGCACAGGCAGGAGCAUUUGUAAAGCGACCGAAAUACAGCGAUGAUGAAGCUGACGAACUCGUCGCGGAAGAAAACGGGUCCAAUGAACUGCCCACAAUAUCCGAGAGUAGCACGUAUGAAAUACUGCUUGGAAAUCAGGAGUUCGAAUCGCUCAAGGGUAAAGUUUCCGAUAACACACUGAAGGCGAUCACCGAAAUUGGCUUUACCAAAAUGACGGAAAUUCAGGCCAAAGCGAUACCACCCCUGCUGGAGGGUCGUGAUUUGAUUGGUUCGGCCAAAACGGGGAGUGGAAAAACGUUGGCAUUCCUUAUUCCGGCUGUAGAGCUGAUUUACAAGUUGCAGUUUAAACCACGUAAUGGAACCGGGGUGAUAAUUAUUUCGCCCACGAGAGAAUUGGCAAUGCAAAUCUUCGGUGUGCUGAAGGAGCUGAUGGCACAUCACCAUCACACCUAUGGACUACUGAUGGGCGGUGCUAGCCGCCAUACGGAGAACGAAAAGCUCUCCAAGGGUGUGAAUAUUGUGGUUGCAACUCCGGGUCGCUUGUUGGAUCACCUGAAGGGAACACCGAACUUUUUGUUCAAAAACUUGCAGUGCUUGGUGAUAGACGAGUGCGAUCGGAUACUGGAGAUUGGGUUUGAAGAGGACAUGAAGCAGAUUAUCGGUAUUCUGCCUAAAAAGCGACAGACAAUGCUCUUUUCGGCUACACAAACUUCUCAAACGGACGAGUUAGGAAAGCUGGCGCUGAAAUCGGAACCGAUUUAUGUGGGGGUGGAUGAUAACAAAGAGGAAGCCACGGUCAGUGGGUUAGAGCAGGGUUAUAUUGUGUGCCCUUCGGAGAAACGGCUGCUGGUGCUUUUCACUUUCUUGAAAAAGAACCGCAAGAAGAAGGUUAUGGUUUUCUUUUCGUCCUGCUUGUCCGUCAAGUACCACCAUGAACUUUUCAAUUACAUUGAUCUGCCGGUUAAUUCGAUUCAUGGAAAACAAAAGCAAGCUAAACGCACAUCGGUUUUCUUCCAAUUCUGUAACGCUGAAUCGGGUACACUGCUGUGCACGGACGUGGCUGCCCGUGGUUUGGACAUUCCUGCCGUCGAUUGGAUUGUGCAGUACGAUCCACCGAAUGACACCAAGGAGUACAUCCAUCGGGUUGGUCGUACGGCACGUGGUGAAAACCUAUGCGGGCAUGCGUUGCUUAUUCUGCGUCCUGAGGAAGUCGGUUUUCUGAAGUAUCUUAAGCAGGCCAAGGUUCCGAUGAACGAGUUCGAGUUUUCCUGGAGCAAAAUAGCGGAUAUUCAACUGCAGCUGGAAAAUCUACUCUCGAAAAACUACUUUUUGAAUCAGUCGGGCAAAUUGGCCUUCAAAUCGUACGUGCGUGCGUACGAAGGGCACCACAUGAAGGACGUCUUUAAUGUGGGCAAUUUAGACCUGCUGCAGGUGGCGCGAAAUUUCGGUUUCUCGCAGCCUCCCUAUGUGGACUUCGGCAAGAGUUUCAAGAUUCAUAAUUCGGAACGACGACCGGGCAAUCGAGGACUUGGGCACUUCAAAACACUGAAUAAGGACAAAAAGGGCGCGAUGAAGUUCAAGCAUAUUAAGAAUCGUACAGAGUUGAAAAAAGUUAGUUAUGAGUAGAAGAAAGACUAGGGACAAUCUUUUUAUUGGUUGCAAAUAAACCACGCCUAAAUAACA